UUGUUUACAUUGCCUACGAGAACGUGUUUGAUGCAGUUGGAGUUGGAGGAUCCGACGGAGUCGGCAUCCAUCGGCAUCACAAUGCGUGCUCGCUUCUUGUUCGGUUUGUUUGGGUGAGUAGAGUGAGUUUAGCGAGUGCCGCGUCUAGUUCGGUAUCAUUACGCACGUUUAUUGUGUGUACGUCGUGUGGAUCCACAAUCUCACUAUCAUGUUGUGCCGUAAUCAUGAAUCUUCCUUGUGUUAAGUCUCUAGUGUUCUAAAGUAAAGUGUUAGGAACUCUGUAUGCAUAUUAAUCUUAUCGGGUGCCGAAGAGUCUGCGCGCAUGAUGCUAACUCUUUCAUAGCCGUGGAUUUAUUUAUAGCACGACAACUAAUUAAAACGUAAAAGGUGUGAGCGAAAAUGUCGAGUGUCACUGCGACGAAUGGCGCCGUCGAUCGAGGGGCGAACGCAGGUGUGCUGCCCACCGGUGCUGUGGAAUUGACGGAAAGUUCUGGCAGAGCCCUUAAGCUGCAAACGGAUGCGCCACAUCUGGUCAGCAUGGGGGGCGACAGACUGAGCACGGCUGUCACGUUACAUCCCCUUCCGCAAGGGCGAGUAACGCUUGGAAGUGGCCCAGGUGUGGACAUACCAGUUCAAGGAACGGGUGUAUUACCUUUACACUGCCACAUUGAGAACAACGAAGGCGUAGUCACUCUGCAUCCUAUUGCGGGAAAUUCAAGCGUCGACGGCAUUCACAUUACCGCAUCCACAAGACUCACACAAGGUGUCAUGUUAACAAUCGGUCGCUCAAAUUACAUGCGCUUUAAUCAUCCGGCCGAAGCUAAAUUGAUGAAAUUAACCAAUUCGAGAAUCUCAAUGGCGCCAAUUACAUUCGAAAAUGAAGAGAUUUAUCAACAGAAAUUCUUGAAGAAGCCCCCGACGGUGCCGCGUAAAUCACCGCGCAGUUCCUACUCGGAUGAGGAGCCGUCACAAUCCAGUAUCAUGAUGAAGGUGUCAAAGUUUGAAUAUCUGGCCGCGCAGAACAUGAAGCAGAGUUUAUCACCGAAAGUGUUCUCGUCAAAUUUAGUCACGGUUAACAUGCCAGCCAAGGAUGUUUUGGGCAGGACUCCGCCUGAUUUGCAUAGCUAUGCGAAAAACAUUUCACAACCUGCUGUUAAUUAUGCCGAAACGAAUUUUAAGAAUAAAACGCCGGACAGGCAAAUAUUCGGUUGUAAGUCACCGAGUUAUGUUAACGUGCAGCUGAACGAGACGAAAACGAUUAAUAACAAAGUGGUUAUUUUCGAGAAUGGCUCGGUUAUGAAGGAACACCACGAACUUAAUAAUAUUACGCGUAACUACAAUCAGAAUGCGAAUAAAAACGUGAAUGUUGCCAAGGGUCAAACAAGGUGCAGCACGCCCAACGGCGAGAAUAAGAGCAACGUGAGCAGCUACGAAGAUUUAUCGCUACGUAAAAAUGAAGCAGAAAUCAAGAGAAAUCAGGCGCAAGUUGACAGAAUCAAAGAGCAGCAAAUUGAAAAAGCGGAAAAAGCGCGUUUGGAAGAGAUACUAACCAUGUGUGCCGAGUAUGAUAAGCAAGUUCAAUGCGACAAAGCUAAUAAACCGACGCCCAACAGGAUUAUAACUAACGGGUCGUUACCACGUGAUAAGCGCACGUGCAUUUCACCGAAUAUUAUGAACUCUCCAAAAUUAGGCAGUUCACCGAAUACUACAGAUACACAUUAUUUCAUAUUUGAAUCACAGGAGAGUGUUACAGGACAAAAUAUGCAGCAGCAAUAUGAAUCAAUCGAAGUACAAAAGAGUAACUCUAGCACCAGCGGGAAAAAUAUGAGCGCAUACGAGAAUGUAUCGAUAACAAACGGUUCGCCGACGCUGCCGCUGUCAUCGCCGCGUACGAGAAUUAAAACAUUUGUAACUCCCAACAAGGAAAGUUCCCCGAAAGAAUCGACAACAGAUUUGUUUGAUGCGCCAAUGUUUAAGGCAAAAACUCUACCGUCUAAAUUCAUUGCCCCGGUGAAAUUCAAAGACGAACAUGGUUACAUGAAACAUUUAGAGAAUUAUGAAAAUUUAACUUUAAAUAAUCACACUGGUAGCAUUGCGAAUAAUUUGAAUUUUACUGAAAAUAAAGAGAACACGAGCCCUGACAGCAAUUCUACAUCGCGUAAGCUUUACGAGUUGAAAGAGGAAAAGCGUGAUAAAUUAUCACAAAUCGCAACGAUUAAGAGACGCAUGGCUGAAAUGGAUAACAUGGGUGAAGAAUUAUCAAGAGAGCUUGAACUUGAAAAGGCUCUCAUUAUUGGAGAGUGCAAGGCUAAACAAUUGGAACUGGAGAAGCUUCAAGCGCGUAAAGAAAGAUUACUUCAGGACGCUCAUAAUCUUGAUUUGAAGAUGAAUGAAAGCCAACUUAUUCAAGAAGAAGAUCAAAGGGAGUGCAAGGAAAAGCUUGAAAUGGCAAAAGAUCGAGUCGAGUCUAUUGAAACAAAACUAUCAACUAUACCUAAAGAUUCGCCUGAGUAUAAUAGUACAUUUGAUGAGUACUUGGAAGCGCAGGAGACGUUAGAUAACGAAAACAAAAAGUUUGAAGAUUUAGAGUUUCACCAUUUAGAAGAAGAGGCAGAUAUGCUGGCCAGUAGAGAGGAGCACCAACGAGAGGUAAUGGAUUUGACAAAAAGAAUGGACGAUUUAAAGAAACACAUUAACGAUUUACAACGUGAAAAUUCCAUCACAGCUACCACAAAUGCUAAUGAAUUUACCAAAAUUGAAGAGAAACGAUUAGAAUUUUCCAAAGUUUUGGAAGAUAUUCGGACGAAAUUGCGUGAUAUUGAUGUUGAAUUGGCAAAUUUGAAAGACCGUGAAACAGAUGAUGAUUUAUCUACGGAUAGUGACACAGACAAACCGAAAGAUCUUGAAACGGUCAGACGGGAAGCGUCCAUGUUAUCACUGAAUAAAGUCUGCGAUAUGAGUACGUCGUUCAUUGUGACCAGUACAAGAAUAUGCGAAGAGGACUUCAAUAUGUCACAGUCAUUCAGUGAGAAAAUGUUUCAAGAGAAGUCUGUUUUGGAGGACGGUAUGGGCGGAAGGCGAAUUCCCAGCCAGGGUGACAUUGACCGAAUUAGCAAGGUAACCAUGGACGCUCCGAUGAACAUUGAAGACAAUCGUGAUUCGAUGAGCAAGAAAACUUUCGAAUCUCUAAAGGAAAUCGAACGAAAUCGUCAAUUACAUUUGGCACAACAAGGAUCUCAAGUUAUUGAAAACGAGCGACGGCGAGUUCAAGCAUUAAAACAAAAAGUGCAGAACGAAGUGCGUACAAAAUGGGCCGCAAGGAAACAAGAUUGCCAAUCAAUCAACUCUGUAGGAUCUGACGAUACUGAAAAUGGGAACUCCGAUCCUCCUAUCCCGAAAGAUGAAGUCAACUCGAACCACGUGGCCAGCAGUCCCGUUGAGCCAAGAGACAAUUCGAUAGGACCUGAUUCACCGCGUCCCUUGUCUGAAACCAGUGAUGUGAGCGUGGAAGUUGGAACAAUUGGGCGAAGGAGAGGCAAAAAUCUCGGUGACAAACAUCGACCGCUGACAAGAUUUCUGCCAAUUCGUAGCGUUGAAUUAGAUCUGCGUCAUCACAUUGAGUCGGCGGGCCACCAGGCAGAUCUUUGUCCACACGUGAGAAUAAACUCAACGAGUUGCCGCGGCUUUUUGCAUAAGCGCGGCUCAAAGCUUAAUGGUUGGAGUCGACGCUGGUUUGUGUUUGAUCGCGUCAAAAGAACACUAGUUUAUUACAGCGAUAAAACUGAAAAGAAACCCAGAGGUGGAGCUUAUUUUCAGGCGAUUGAAGAAGUCUACUUGGACCACGCCAACUCCGUGAAAUCGUCGAAUCCGCAUUUGACAUUCAUUGUGAAAACGCACGAGCGCUAUUAUUAUUUAAUGGCGCCGUCACCGGAAGCAAUGCGCAUAUGGAUCGACGUGAUUUUCACUGGUGCCGAAGGAUAUCAGGAGUUCGAGCACGGUACAUGAUCGUUUCCAUUCGAAAACCUGAGUAUCACAUUAUCGCAGAAUUGUGCAUCGAUUUUACCACAUACCCGAUGAAAACAUUCUGACUACUUAAAUGUUUCUCGCAAACAUAUAACUGAUUAAUUCGUAAUGAUGCAAAUGAAGUGCCUUCACCGUAAGACUGCAUUUCAUAUAAUUUAUAUUAAUCGUGGAUAACGAGCGAUGAAGAUUGACUUUAUUUAUAUAUUCUUAUGAAGUGAUUCGUGUAUUCAUAAGACUGGUUAUAAUUAUCAUAGUGUGUAUUUGAUGUGAAUGUUUAGCAUGUUGACUCUGAUCAAAUGGGGAAUAUUAUUGUCUAGAUUUUAUUGAAAUUUUUAAUCUACUACUAAAAAUAUAAGUCUUUAAAUUGCAUGUAAAUUAUGUUCUGAAACUAGUCGUCAAUAAGGUCGAAAUUGUAUUUUGGAUAUUAUGGGGUUUUGUGCAUAAACAUAUAAAAUUA